CAAGGGGUCAAAUUAUAGACGUGUUAUUAAUGAGAAUCAUUUAAGAUCAAGUCAAUUGCAUUUACUUACCGUUCUUUCCACCCGCGCAACUUGGUUUACUUCAAUUUCCUCGAACCCGAAUAUCACCGAUCAAAUUCCUAACUUCCCGAAACUCCCUCGAACAUCAUCUUUUCAAGAUCCAGUGUGUCAACGAUUGAUUGACAACAUGACGAUCAAUUCUGCUAGCGGCCCUGACAGCUAUGCUGCUCCAGCUGCCUCGACCCUUGACGCCGCUUCGAACCCAUCCCUCUUUUCGGAGCUGCCCAGAUACCAGAUUGAUUCAGUCUUCGCCCUCAUUGCUGAUUACAUUGCCGACACCCAUCCUGAAAAGGUCAGCCUGGGACCUGGCGUGUACCGUGAUGAUCAAGGCGCUCCCUGGCCGUUGAAUGUUGUCGAAAAGGUCGAAAAGCAGCUCUUCGAGAAGAACGAUGCUGGUCGCCACGAGUACUUGACCAUUGCUGGCGAUGGAACCUUUCUCGAAUUGGCUCGCGACCUUUGCUUUGGCUUUGGUGAGGGCACUCCUGAGGAGGAGAAGCUCAAGCUGAAGAUCGCCUCGGUCCAGACCAUCUCAGGAACUGGUGCAAACCACAUGGGCGCCCUCUUCUUGUCCAAGUACCUGAAGCCUGCCCGCGUCUGGAUCUCGGACCCUACAUGGAUGAACCACCACACCAUCUGGGAGCUGCAAGGCGUCGAGCGCCGCACGUACCCUUACUAUCACGCUGAAAAGCGCGCCUUUGACUUUGAGGGCAUGAUGGCCACGCUCGAGGAGCAGGCUGAGAAGAACGAUGUCAUUCUUCUGCACGCGUGCGCUCACAACCCUACCGGUCUCGACCCGACUAAGGAGCAAUGGAAGGCCAUUGCCGAUCUCUGCGAACGCAAGGGUCUUUUCCCCUUCUUCGACUCCGCCUACCAGGGAUUUGCUUCGGGUAAUCUGACCGAGGACUCGUGGUCUGUGCAAUACUUCCUCCGCAACAAGCCUAACAUGGAAAUGUGCUUGGCUCAGUCCUUCUCCAAGAACUUUGGUCUAUACGGCCAGCGUGUGGGAGCUUUCCAUCUUGUCUCAAACGAGCCGUCGUCCGAGCUUCGCGAAUCGAUCAAGGUGAACCUGUGCCACCUCAUCCGUGGCGAGUACUCGAUGGCUCCUCGAGGUGGCAGCACCAUUGUCAAGACCGUCCUCCUCGAUGAGCAGUUGAAGAAGGAGUGGCAGAAUGAUCUGACGAUCAUGAGUGACCGUAUCAAGGUGAUGCGAAAGGCACUUUAUGAUGAGCUGCAGCGAUUGGGUACUCCUGGAACUUGGGAGCACCUUGUUACUCAGAUUGGCAUGUUCUCCUACACUGGUCUGACCGCUGCCCAGUGCCAUGCACUUCGGGGGAAGCACCACGUGUACAUGCUCGACUCUGGCAGAGCAUCUAUCACCGGACUGACCUCCGAGAACGUCGUUUACGUUGCUCGUGCUUUUGACGAUGUCGUCCGCAACAACUAAUGACAGAUUAAUGUUGGCACUUCCAUAUCGAUGAAAUUUCUUUUGACCACGUUUCAUAAGCCCUUUAUUUCCUUUUUUAUACCUGAUUUUCCUUUUGGCAUCUUGACGGGCGUUUAGCAUUAUGUUUUUAUGUUUGGGCGGUUAGCAUCUGUAAAAUUUUGUUUCAAAGCUCCAACAGGCAUGAUAGAUGGAGAUGAUAUCAAUGAAUAGAUGAGAAUCAAGCAACAAUAGUAAAUACCCU